AUGGUUCUGGAGAUAUUGGAGAUUGAUGGCUCUACUCCCCACCCUGGUGUCGUGAUUAACGCGUCGGUGGCAUGUAGGGAGACAAACGGUGGAUGGGUGACGCUACGGUCUAAAACACCCCUUGGUGGGAAUAUGAAGCAAUGGGCAAUGAAAGUCGUUGAUCAGGGCGAGGGCAAUGAUGGUUCUGGUCUCAUGAUGGGACUGCUUCCGCGGCUGAGUUCACAGCAAGAAGCAUCUAUGGGGAAUAAGUAUAUAUCAGAGCUUGGAGGGUGGUGCCUUUCGCGUGCCGGUGACUCUUAUGGCUCGUGGAAGUGUGACAAAAUGCCCUUCUCAACUGGUUGCGUUGUGGAGUUUGACUGGGAUGCUGUUAGCCGUACGUUGUACAUUGUGAGCGGCAAAAAGAAGGCUGUUGGCCACAUACCAAACGUGUCCGAGACAGAUGUUGUGUACCCGGCCCUUUCCAUGUACUAUUUGAACCAAAAGUUGUCGUUUGUGUGA